AUUUUACAGCAUCAGGUGUAAGCGGGAGGACUGGCCAUGGAAACUGGUAUCUACCUAUUAUGAACUAAAAGUGAAAGUAACUCAGGGUCUGUAUUCAGAUUGAAUAUGGAAAACUACCAGCAUGCUCUGUUUUUUGAAGCAAAGGAUAUUUCAGAUGGUACACUUAAACUAAUAAAACAGCACUUUCAAAUCAGGAGAAAAUCUGGAGGGGGUGAGUGUGAAGUCCAAAAAGUGGGUGACAGUAUCUACAAGAUAUGUUUUAGGAAGAAAGAAGCCCAGGAAAGAGUACUAAGCCAAAAAGAUCACUUCAUCCUUCUACCAGGACAAGAGGAAAUUUGUGUUUCGUUAAGCCGUGAUCAUGUUGCUGAAAGCAACAAACAACCCAAAGCAUCUGAUCAACAGACACAUGCAAGUGCUAAAAAUGUGGAGAAAGUUUUUAAACUGGAGCCUUAUCUUCUACACUACUUCAGUGAAUGCACAAAGGCGACUUCAGACUUAGAGCAACGACUAUCUUUGCUCUCCAGCACCUUUCAGAUCCACACUGAGACUGAGGAGAUAGUGGUAGUAAGGGACCAGGCAGCUCAAGACAGUUGUCCCCUAAAAAAAUGGGAGUUUUCAGUUGAGCAAGUGCUUGAGGAGCUACAGAACCAAUAUACUAUCCACUUUGAGGUUGAAACAGACAGAUUGGUAAUUUUACAAGAAAACUCUUUCCUCUUCAAUGAGAACCUAAAAAUAUAUAAUGAAGAUGAAGCAUGUUUAGCUGUUGUGGUUGGAGAGAGCAACCAGGUGGAAAAUAUUUUAAAAUUUGUAGAUACCUUGCAGGCCAAACAGCAGGUUCAAACCGAGUGUGCCAUAUCUGAGAAACAAUUUGCCCUUGUGAGAGAACAGUUUGAACAGAUCAGAAAGUCUAGUUUCUCUGCCAUUACGAUCAAACAAAAAAGUCCAGGCAUUCUGACUUUGAAGGGUCCAGAGAAAGAUGUUCAUGCUGGAGAAAAGGAGCUUUUAAAGUUAGCAAGAGGAGUUAAAGAAAAGAGGAUCCUGUUGCAUCACACACUAAUGACCUUCUUGGCAUCAAGUGAUGGAAUACAGCACUUCCAAAACCGAUUUCAGCAGUGCCUCCGCAGCCCAGUUAUGCUUGAGACCACAGGUUCAGAUCUCCUUCUGUUGAGUUUGUCAGACGGAGCACUACAGGAGGCUGCUGCUGCCAUGCAGAGAGAACUGUGUUUUGAGACUGUAACUCUGGAGCAGACUGACAAGCAGUCAUCUGGAUUUAAUACACUGAAGAAGGCUUUGAGCGAAGCCGUCCAACAAGCCAAUCGUGGAGGUGUUAAAGUGGAGCUUAGCUAUCAGCGCAGCUCAAUUUCUGACCCCAGAAUCAAUGUGCAACUUGUGGGCUACACUACUGAAGUUUGUAGGCUGAAGAACAUCUUGUUAGAAUACAAACAAAACCAUGAGAACACCCAUCACUGCCUGCCUCUUCCCAUGACAGAGAUGGUAAAACACUUCUUUGAGAUUUUGUCACUAGUUGGAGUGAAGAAGAGUACUGUGGAAAUCAAUCCAACAUGUACACCUUCCCCAUGUGUCCACCUCACCGGACCUCGUUGUGAAGUUGAAUGUUUAAAGGAAUCCCUUGAGUCAGCCUUAAAGACACUUUUCACUAAACGAUUUGUGGUAAAUGGACCUGGAGUUCAACCAUUUUUUCAAGGGGAAGGUAUGGAGACUGUGAAACUAUCACAGACUUCUUUUAUGGUUCGGAUACUGCCCAUUGAUGAGGGACAAAAAGGUAGUAAAGUGUCGAAAGACACAAGUUUUACCAGUCUCCAGAACUUACCAAAUACUGCAUCUAUACAACCAAUGCAGACCAAUUACUCUGAAAAAGUGAUCCACAUUAAACUGGUGAUUGGUGGUCUUGAGGAACAGCAGGCUGAUGUGUUUGUUGCUCCAAUGAUAAAAAUGAACUUAACAUCAACAAUGGUUGGAUCUUGCCUAUUGCAAAAAGCAGGACAACAGCUUCAGAGUAAUUUCAAUAGUGCCAAGGGACAGCGUACACUUACGCCUGGAGAUGUGCUGGAGGUUGAUGGGACACCAACAUUGGGAUGCUCUAAGAUUUUCUUCAUGGAAUGUGUACCCAAAGGUGGAAUAAAUUACAAUAGCGGACAAGCACUACAAUCUGGACUUGGCCAAGUUCUGGCGCUAUGUGAGCAGCACUCCUGGGAUUCUGUUGCAUUGCCAAUAAUUGGACCUGGUUUAGCGCUGUCAAUACCUGUCAAAGAUGCCAUUAAAAUUCUCACUGAUGAGAUCGAAAAGUUUCUAUAUGGAUCCACUGGUUCCCUCCACACCAUUUUCAUCCCAAUAAUGCCUAGAUACACUCAUUCUGAAGAGAUGUUCCAGACAGUCUGUAACACUCUGAGUGCAAAAAUGGUGGACAACACAGGGCAAGCUCUUUUCCACUCACUGACAACUGACCUUGAUGAGGUCGUCAUGACAGUAGAUGGGAUUCAGCUCCAUCUAGUGUUUGGUGACAUCACCAAUGAGACAACGGAUGCCAUUGUCAACACUACUGAUUUUAAAGACUUUCAAACAGGAGUGUGUAAAGACAUCCUCACUAAGGCAGGAUCACAAGUCCAGGCUAAUCUGACUGGGGUUCAGGUACAGCGUGGACAGAUCUUCACGACCCAGCCAGGAGGAUUCCCCUGUAAGCUGAUCAUACAUGUGUGUGGACAGAGGGAUGCGAGUGUCAUCAAAACCUUGGCUAAAGACAUAGUGGUUCACUGUGAGGGCGGAAGCUACCAGUCAGUGGCCAUUCCUGCUAUCUGCGCUGGAAAAGGAGGUUUGGAUCCAAGUGUGGUGGCCAAGUCCAUUCUAGAGGGAGUAAAAGAUGCUGUUCAAGGAGCUAACUUUCGAUAUCUCAAAACGGUUCGCAUCAUUCUACUGAAGAUUCACGUUUUUCUGGAGUUUAAAGCAAUGGCACAGCAAAUAUUCAGCAUUAACACACAGCUGACAGCUCCUUCAACUCUUGUAGCUUUCCAUGCAUCCACCAGAGGGCCACCCACUACAGGGGCCAGUGUAUCAAUGAGAGAGCGUCAAUCACAGUCUUUACCACCAUCUCUCAACUUAAGUUCUCUUGUGAUGUCUUUGCCUGUCACUCAGUCCACAGCUUCUUUUCUAGUCAUUGGAUUUACAGAUGAUGAUGUGUCUCAUGCCUGCCGACAACUUAAACGGGCAUAUGACAACCAGUGUUCUACACAAUCUUUCUCCUCUGAGGAUGUUGGAUGUCUCACUGAUGAUGAGGUGGACCAGCUGCGCUCAAAACUAAAUUCAUUGCACCUGCAGAUGCAACAGAGCAAUGCAGAUAACUGGGUAGUGUCAGGGCUGAAGGAUGGAGUGAACGAGUUUACGAAUGAACUGGUUAGACUGAUACAAAGUGCACUUCGUAGGCAGGUAAGGGAACGGGAUCAGGAAAACCUCUUCACCAAAGUCACAUGGUGCAUUCUGGGAAAACACGGCGUUUGGCAGAAGGUAGCCAAAGAAAUUAAUCUUAAGCUUGAGAUGGGGGAUGUAAAAGAGGGAAUUGUUGAUGCACAGGGUGUGAAAUGGACUGUGAAUUUGAGAAAGAUGGUGGGCACAGCAUGUGGGACAGGACAGGUGACCAAACUCAAAAGACUGGAGAACCUUCCAGAUUUCUCUUUGCCCAUCUACUGGGACAACAUGAGUCAAAGUGAGGUCCCAAAGGAGAUUAACCUAGAUCAGUCAUCUGAGGAGUAUAAGAGGGUGAAAACAGACUUCAAGAAGACAGCCCAAAAAACAGUGCUCAAGAUUUCACGUAUCCAGAAUGUGCAUCUCCGGCGGUUAUACGAGGCUCGCAAAAAAGAGCUGGAGAUCAGGAAUGGUUCCAUUGUAAGAUCAGGCGAGAAGAUCCUAUAUCACGGCACAACGGAGACAGCUUGCAAAUCCAUCAUUAAUUCUAACUUCAACCGCAAUUUUGCUGGACAAAAUGCAACUUUAUAUGGUAUUGGAACAUACUUUGCUGUGAAUGCUAGCUACUCUGCCCAACCUGUCUAUGCGGCUCCUGCCACAAAUGGCACCCAACUCAUGUUUGUGGCCCGUGUGCUUACGGGUUAUUACGACCAGGGUCAGAAGGACAUGAGGACACCUCCCAUUCGCCUGACCCCCGACCAUCCCUUUGACAGCGUGGUGGAUAACAUGCAGAACCCCACCAUGUUUGUCGUUUUCCACGACUGUCAGGCCUACCCAGACUACCUUAUCACAUUUAAAUGAACUUGGCUGGCUCUCUGUUAAAAUGUACUUCUCAGCACUGAAUGAGUAAAAAGCGUUUUUGCUAACAUCACUUGUGUAAACACAGCUCAAAUAGAAGCUGUCUCUUCUCCAAAAUAUGUCUUUUAUAUACCUUCAGGUCUAUCUACCAUCACUCCAGAAAUUAACUAAAGCCAUUGGAAUGCCUUUUGGCGAUACUCCAGCACUGCCUUCUGAGUUCUCAUGUCAAAUUGAAUCCAUCUUGGCAGUCAUUAAUCUGGUUUGCAUAAUUCUAAAGUUACAGUUACGCUCAUCAAACAAUGGAAGGUCUGGAUUUCAUUCGAUGGAAUGUAAAAGGUAAAUUUUGGAUUAAACGUUUUUGAAAAAAGAGGUUGUAUUGUAAGAAAAGUUACACAUAAAUAAUUUUUAUUGCUUACUCUUAUAAUGUUUGAGUCACAUCUCCUCGCCAUUUGUUUUAAUGAGUCUAUACAACUUAAAGAAGCAGUUUUAGGAAAAAAUAUAUUCUAUUAAAAUGUUAUUACCUUAUUGUAUUCAUGAAUUAUCUACCUGUCCUGACAGCACAUAUCCCACAAAGCAAUUUGUGACACACUUUGUCAAGUAUGAGUCUUCUUUGGAUAAAUUCACCUACGUAUGUACAAUACCAGUGAAAUGCUUCGACACUCUUACUCAUUUUAUAUUAUUAUUUAUCACAUGUUUCCUUUUAAUAGGAAGGAAAGUAUGCAGUGACAAAAAACAGGCACAUUGUUGAGUGCACAAAUGUAAUAAAUAGUCCUAAAUGUAAACAUAUUUGUCCUUGAAUAUAAUUAAGGGUCUAAAUGGAGUAAUGGUAACACUUUAAUGUAAAGUUCCCUAUGUUAAAAGGUUAUGAAAAGGUUUUAUUGAUAACUAUUCAUUUUCAAAUGCAUUAGAAAUCAUAUGCAGUUACACCAAGAGGCGUAAUUAGGCUGACUGGCAUGCAGUACUUGACAAAUAGUGGUAGAUUUUGAA